AUGCCGUCGGUGUACGGAGCACGAAUGACCACUUUUGAAGAUUCAGAGAAGGAGAGUGAGUAUGGAUACGUUCGCAAGGUAUCAGGACCUGUGGUGGUUGCUGAUGGCAUGGCUGGUGCUGCUAUGUAUGAAUUAGUUCGUGUUGGACAUGACAAUUUGAUUGGUGAAAUCAUUCGGUUGGAAGGAGAUUCUGCAACAAUUCAAGUUUAUGAAGAAACUGCUGGCUUGACUGUGAAUGACCCUGUUCUACGGACACACAAGCCUCUGUCAGUUGAAUUAGGACCUGGAAUAUUGGGAAAUAUUUUUGAUGGCAUUCAGAGGCCAUUGAAAACUAUUGCAAAGAGAUCUGGUGAUGUCUACAUCCCUCGUGGUGUCUCUGUCCCAGCCCUUGAUAAAGAUACACUCUGGGAAUUUCAGCCCAAAAAGAUAGGUGAGGGAGAUCUUCUAACUGGCGGAGACUUAUAUGCUACUGUCUUUGAGAAUAGUCUUAUGCAGCACCAUGUUGCACUUCCUCCUGAUGCUAUGGGAAAAGUCACUUACGUUGCAUCUCCUGGGCAAUAUUCGUUGAAGGAUACUGUGCUAGAGCUUGAAUUUCAAGGGGUCAAGAAGAAGUUCACUAUGCUCCAAAGUUGGCCUGUACGUACACCAAGGCCAGUUGCAUCAAAGCUUGCUGCUGAUACCCCACUACUUACUGGGCAGCGUGUUCUUGAUGCCCUUUUCCCUUCAGUUCUUGGUGGAACUUGUGCCAUUCCUGGGGCAUUUGGUUGUGGGAAAACUGUUAUUAGUCAAGCUCUUUCUAAGUACUCCAACUCUGAUACAGUUGUUUAUGUUGGUUGUGGGGAGCGAGGAAAUGAAAUGGCAGAGGUCCUUAUGGAUUUUCCACAAUUAACAAUGACAUUGCCUGAUGGCCGUGAAGAAUCUGUCAUGAAGCGCACAACACUUGUAGCCAACACUUCUAAUAUGCCUGUGGCUGCUCGUGAGGCUUCAAUUUAUACAGGAAUCACCAUAGCUGAAUACUUCAGAGAUAUGGGAUACAAUGUUAGUAUGAUGGCUGAUUCAACUUCUCGUUGGGCAGAAGCAUUGCGUGAAAUUUCAGGUCGUUUGGCAGAAAUGCCUGCUGAUAGUGGAUAUCCUGCUUAUCUGGCAGCACGUUUGGCCUCAUUUUAUGAACGUGCUGGAAAAGUAAAAUGUCUUGGUGGACCAGAACGUACUGGCAGUGUCACCAUUGUUGGUGCUGUUUCUCCUCCUGGUGGAGAUUUUUCGGAUCCUGUGACCUCUGCAACCCUCAGUAUUGUCCAGGUUUUCUGGGGUCUGGACAAGAAACUUGCCCAGAGAAAGCAUUUCCCCUCUGUGAACUGGCUUAUUUCCUACUCUAAGUAUUCAACAGCAUUGGAGUCUUUCUAUGAUCAAUUUGAUCCUGAUUUUAUUAACAUCAGGACAAAGGCCCGAGAAGUGCUGCAGAGAGAAGAUGACCUGAAUGAAAUUGUGCAACUUGUAGGAAAGGAUGCUUUGGCUGAAGGAGAUAAAAUUACCCUAGAGACUGCUAAGCUUUUGAGGGAGGAUUAUCUUGCUCAAAAUGCAUUUACUCCAUAUGAUAAAUUCUGCCCUUUCUACAAGUCUGUUUGGAUGAUGCGCAACAUAAUCCAUUUCUAUAAUUUGGCCAAUCAGGCUGUAGAGAAAGGAGCUGGUAUGGAUGGUCAGAAGAUAACUUACAGCCUUAUCAAGCACCGGCUGGGGGAUCUAUUUUACCGAUUAGUGUCCCAGAAGUUUGAGGACCCAGCAGAAGGAGAAGCAGCCCUUGUGGAAAAAUUCAGCAAGCUGCAUGAGGAUCUGACUGCUGGUUUCCGUGCCCUAGAGGAUGAAACUCGAUGAUUUGAUGUUUCAAAUUCAAUUUUUCAUAAUCCCAGUGGCAGCUCCGACCCUGCAACUACAAUACUUGGUUUCCCGAAAUUUCACCAUACACCAAACCAAAAUUUGGCAAGUCCAGGUCUGGGUCUGGGUCCAUAUAUGUCACUUUCCGGUACUUGUUUGGUCUUUUAGUUGCAGUGUGGCUACCUUUGAUUUAGUAUGUAUUCCUGUCAUUCCCGUUAGUUCUUUUUUUGACAACCAAUUAAAUCAAAUCGUUAUUUAUGUAUUUAUACAAUAAGGUGUCUAUUGAGUUGUGCUCAUCUGUAUGGUUUUUGGUUUUACCGAUGCUUGGGAAAAUUGCUUU